GUGAGAAUUUUGUUUAUUUAAAUACGCGUCAGAAGCCUGAGGACCUGAGUCCUGAGGUGUGGUUUCUUGCAGGUAUCAUUCGGUUCAACCCAUUCAAUUCAACAAACCAAAGCUAAGAGUAAGAAACAGAGCGUGAGAGAGAGAGAGAGAGAGAGUUUGGAGCAGUAAUGUGAAAUUUAAUGGAGGAGGAAAGAGUGAGGAAGAAGACCAGGGCGAUCUCUGUAAACAAAGAAGAAGAAGAAGAAGAAGAAGGCAUGGUUUUUCGCGAGAUUUUUCCAUUGUUUCUUCUUUCUAUCUGCUUCUGCGCUUUUGUUGCCGCUACUGCACGUCCCGGCCUCAACGCGUUCAAUUCCAAUGAUUCUGUACUUGUUGGGGUAGAGUUUCCUGAUCACCAAGGCUUCAAUUCAGUUUCUUCUUCGGCCGAUACUGGAUGUCAUCUAUCACGGACGAAGAGAACUUCUGCUAAACUCUCAGAAGCAGCCAUGCCGGAAGAAAAAGAAGAUGAAGAAGAUGAUGCUGAUGGGUAUGUGGUAGGAGGCGAAGAAGCCCAUAAAGGGUCUCUGAAGCUUCAACUCAAACACAGAUCAACUACACAAAGAGCCCAGACAGGAAAGAAGGAAUCAGUCACUGAAUUUACCUCCAGAGACCUCACCAGAAUCCAUACACUUCACAGGAGGAUCAGAGAGAAGAAGAACCAAAACAUGCUCGCAAGAUUAUCGGCCGAGAAGCAGCCACCGCCGGUGCUUAAACAGGUUUCUGCACCAACGGGGGCACCGGAAUCUAUUACAGAUGAUUCUACCGGCAGCCUUGUGGCCACUCUAGAAUCUGGGGUCACCCUCGGAUCGGGUGAGUACUUCAUGGAUGUUUUUGUGGGUACCCCUCCAAAGCAUUUCUCUUUGAUACUUGAUACUGGGAGUGAUCUCAAUUGGAUACAAUGUCUUCCCUGCCAUGACUGCUUUGAGCAGAACGGCCCCUUUUAUAAUCCACAAGAGUCUUCUUCGUUUCACGAUAUAAGCUGCCAUGAUCCUAGGUGUCAACUGGUAUCCUCCCCUGAUCCUCCACAGCCCUGCAAAGCUGAGAACCAGAGCUGCCCUUACUUCUAUUGGUAUGGUGACCUCUCCAACACUACCGGAGAUUUCGCGGUCGAGACCUUCACUGUCAAUCUCACUUCGCCUGCCGGGAAGUCUGAAUUCCAGAAGGUUGAGAAUGUCAUGUUUGGAUGUGGGCAUUGGAACAGAGGCCUCUUUCAUGGAGCAGCUGGAUUACUAGGACUUGGCAGGGGCCCUCUCUCAUUCUCUUCUCAGCUUAGAUCACUCUACGGACACACUUUCUCCUACUGUCUUGUGGAUAGGAAUAGUGACAUGAGUGUGAGCAGCAAAUUGAUAUUUGGGGAAGACAAGUCUCUCAUGAGCCAUCCCAAUUUGAAUUUCACUUCAUUGGUGUCUGGAAAAGAAAACCCGGUUGAUACAUUCUACUAUAUUCAGAUAAAAUCAAUCAUGGUCGGUGGAGAAGUCUUGAAAAUCCCAGAGGAGACAUGGAAGUUGUCGUCGGAGGGCGCUGGAGGAACCAUCAUCGAUUCUGGCACAACUCUUAGUUACUUUGCCGACCCUGCAUAUCAGAUAAUUAAAGAGGCAUUUGCAGAGAAAGUGAAGGGAUACCCUGCAGUGAAGGAUUUACCUGUGUUGGAUCUUUGCUACAAUGUGUCUGGAGUGGAGAAAUUAGAGCUGCCUGAAUUCGCAAUUCUGUUUGGAGAUGGAGCUUUAUGGGAUUUCCCAGUUGAGAAUUACUUCAUCCGACUUGACCCUGAGGAGAUUGUUUGUUUAGCCAUUUUGGGUGCUCCACCUUCUUCUCUUUCAAUAUUGGGGAACUACCAGCAACAGAACUUUCAUAUCUUGUAUGAUACAAAGAAGUCUAGGCUUGGCUUUGCACCUAUGAAGUGUUCUGAUAUUUAGAAUACAGAUGGAAUGCAGGAACCUCAGAAGCUCUGAAGGGGAUCCUGGUUUAGAUCCUAAUUAAGAUGGUAAUUCUUUGGUAUCAAACUAGAUGAUUUGAGAAGUGUAAAAAUAUUAGGAAUGUGGGGGGGAGGAUUCUGAGUUCAUUCCCCUUUAAAGAAAGGUAGGAUUAGGACACUGAAAUUAUAUUUUAUCAAAAAAUUUACCCAUUUUUGGAGUUUGGUCUGGUUAGCAUUGCUAAUUAGUUAUGCAUACUUUGUAAAGCAGGAAAGAAGAAAAGAGAAGUAUACUUUGUUAAA